CUACGUCGUUCCAGUGGAGUCAACAGCGGCCCGCAAAGAGAUCUCCAACAUUUUGUCAGGUUCUGCUUAGUUACCGGGCGGCCGCACAUAGGAUACCAACUUUUAAAAGAUACAUAUAUCUGAACUUUUCUUGUCCAUGUUCCGUAGUAGUUAAUUUAAUCUGUUGUCUACGAUGAAGUGGGGAGCAGCUGAUUUGGGGGUAACAUGGACAUUGUUCUCUCUGUUCUUCAACUUUUCUGUCACCAACGGACAAAAUCCGCCGAACUACAACCUUUUCCAAGGAGCUGCGUACCAGGGCGCGAGACACCGACAGUCACAGAGGAAUAGGAACUGGUGUGCAUAUGUGGUCCAUAAGAACGUGAGCUGUACCGUCCAGGGGAAUGUGGAGAGCUUUGUGGAGCCUGAGGUGGCACCGUGCCCAAACCAUGACCCAGACUGUGAGCAACAAGUGAUGUAUCGGACGCGGUUCCGGCCAGCCUAUAAGAUCGCCUAUAAGACUGUGACAGACCUGGAGUGGAGGUGUUGCCCUAGUUACCAGGGACCAGACUGCUCUGAGCUGAAGGCUGCUCCUAACAGACAGACAGUACCAGCCGGGUCACAGCCACCCCAAACCCAGUACCCAAACAGACAGAUCGUACCAGCAGGGUCACAACCUCCCCAAAACCAGUACCCUAACAGACAGACAGUGCCAGCUGGGUCACAGCCUCACCAGAACCAUAACUCAGAGGAAGCACCACACUACCCCCAGACCAGAUCCAUCCCUGGACAGACCAGACACCCACAGAGGCCAGAGAGGAGGGAGACGGGGGUGUAUGAGGGGAGGCAUGGAGGUGCAGAAAAAGACAGGGUGCGUCUCCUGGAGGGGGAGGUGCAGCGCCUCUCCCAAACAGUGGGGGCGCUGCAGGCUGCGAUAACUGGGCUGAGCUCCACUCUGAGAUCUGACCUGCAGGAGGACACCUCCAAGAUGCUGGUCACCCUGCUCAACAACCUCCGCGCUGUGUCCCCUGACAGUUUCCACGCCCCCGACAUAGAGCAGGCCGCAGUACCACCAGACAACCACCAGGGGUCAGUGAUCGAUGGGCACCAGGCCACCAGGGGGCCAGUCCAGGGGGACAGGGGGCUAGAAAAGGUCCUGGCCAGGUUGGAUGAUGUCAACACCUCUCUGAAGAGUAAAGAGGAGGCUCUGGAGGAGCUGAGAGGUACCGUGACCUCACACAGCGGUCAUAUCCGCCUGCUGCUUGAUGCCUCUCAGACACAGCAAGACCCUGACCCUAACCCUGUUGGGGGUGGAGCCCCUGCUGACCUGGAGGAGCUACUAGAGAAAUACAUGGACAGGCAGCUGGGCUUCCUGAGGAAGAACAUGGAGGACAGCAUGGAGAGAACGAUAGAGGAGAGGAUAGGGAAGGAGGUAGAGAAGCUGCAGAAAUUCUGUGAUGGAAGGAUCCAGCUGAUGGAGAGGAGGUGUGAGGAGGAGCGGGAGAGAGGACUGCUCAGUCUGACUGAGAUGGUGGACAAGGAGGAGCAGCUAAAGCAGGAGAUCAGGGAGUUGAGACUGGACAUCACUGCCUCCGACCAGCCCGGCCGGUCACUCAGACAGACUGACCCCAAACCUAAUGUUAGACAGACUGACACUAAACCUAAUGUUAGACAGACUGAUUCCAAACCCAACCUUAGGCAAACUGCCCCUGCCAGACAGACCGACCUGGCUAGACAGGAUGACCAGCCACCAGGUAUCCUACCAGCUGUCCAGCGUGGUGACCUAUCUGACCUGUGGAGGGAGCUGGAGCGUGUGGCGGAGGCCCAUCGCAUCCUGAAUGCCCGCAUGGACAAUGAGCUGCAGUACCUGUCCUCUCCACGGGGGGAGCUAGAGGGAAAGGGGUUAGAGCUAGAGAGGGAGGGGUUAGGACUAGAGGGAGAGGUGGGGUCUCGGCUGGAGGAGUUAGAGGCGCGUCUGAAUGUGACAGAGCAGAAUGCGGAGGUCCACUGUUUCUACGUGGAGGAGAAGCUGACCCGGGCACUAGCCGAGCAAGGGGCGGAGCUACGACAGCUGCUGGAGGAACGAGUAAACGUACUGGAAGACCAGUUUACUACCAUGCUGGUCGAGAUGAACAACGAGUCAUAUCCUGUUGGAGGAGGAGGGAGCGUGGUCCUUCAGGCUGAGUUGAACAACAACAAGUUUCUUCUGCAGGGUCUCAAUGACAAGGUGACCGCUGUGGCUGAGCUCUGUGCUCACGGCUGUGGUGGAGGACCUAACACCGGAGGGUUUCCCAACCCUGGAGCUUCCUCCCACCCUGUAGUUCUGGACAGUGUGGUGAAGGACCUGAAGCUCUGUUGUAACGACCUGGAUAUCCUCCACACAGAUGUGACGUCCAACUCUGACAAACUGAGAGAGCUGGAGGAGAUUAUAGACAGGCAAAUGGUGGGGCAGAAGCAGAGCGUUAAGGAGGUGGAGGACCUCCAGAGGGGGAUGGUGAUCCUGCAGGACAACGUAGGGGGUCUGGGGGGGGCAGUGACAGGGCUAGGGGACUCUCUGAGCAGGUACACCCAGGACCUCACCAGGAUUAACACCACCUACAACACCUGCUGCCAGGUUGGGGCAGGGGCCAAAGCAGGGGCCAGGCCAGGGGAAGGGUUAGGUGGGUUUGGUGCCACUACUAUCAGUCCAGGCAGGAUCCAGAGUGCGUCUGAGGUAACGGUCCCCAGAGGAGAGGUGGAGGGAAGCAGCAGCAGCCAGGUGGAGGAGCUGAGAACCAAACUGGACAGCCUCACUAACCAGGUGCAGACAGAACUUCAGCAUUGCUCUGGUGUGUCUGGGGUGGAGGGGCGUGUCCAGCGCCUGGAGAAAGUGUGUGUUCAGCUGGACGGGAUGUCGGCCAGGGUGCGGGGAGUGAAGGAGGGGUUGGAGAAGCACGUCGCUGGGCUGUGGCACCACGUCAGCCGGGUCAACACCAUGCUGGAAAGACAGGCUGCUGACAUCACCACCCUAGAGACCUCCCUAAAGACACUACAGACCAGGAGCACUGACAUCAACGCCAGGGAGACAGAUGAAGCUGUGAGACCUGGUUCUGUCCCAGAUCAGACCAGACCCAGGGUUAACCAGAUCCACAUUCCCCACAGGACCCCCCUUGACUCGUCCCCCCAGACCCCCAGGCAACCCUACAACCCCAGACAGCCAGCCAGUCCACACCAGCCUACCAACCCUCUACAGCCCAACAUCCACCGCCAUCCGAACCAACCAACUCUGUACCUGGUGCCACAUAAGCCUAAUCAGCCAGGCCAGCCCACUGUCAUCCUCGUACCCCAUCCUAACCAACCAUCCAACCCUAACCAACCCUUCUUAACGAUGGUACCCCGCCAGCCCAGCCCCCCCUCUAACCCUCCCAGUCAGCCGCGUCGGGUCCUGGAGGUGGGAGAGGCUGGUCCACCAGGCUACAUGAGGAGGGUAACAGUCAGGAGAGGAUCAGAUGACUCAUCCUCCACACCUGUUAAAGGAUUCGCUGGAGCACCAGGAUACAACCCUCCCGAGAAGCCAUUCUCCUUCAACAAACAUGAGACGAUCCCAGUAGCUGCCAAGGUCCCCUGGAACCCAGCGUCACAGACCCCACUAGUCACACCAGUGUCUUCAGACAGUAGUUUCCUGGCAGACCCCUUCUCCUUCUCUGCUGGCCUGACCACUCAGUUCUCUGGGGAGUUUGGAACCAUCCUCUUCAACAAGGUGCUGGUCAAUGAUGGAGGACAUUACAACUCUCACACAGGUAUCUUCACGAUACCGAUGGAAGGGCGUUACCUGAUCUCAGGAGUUCUGAUGGCUCGGCAGGGGAAGGGACUGGAGGCUGUUUUGUCUGUCUCCAACCGUAGUGUCCAUAGGCUGAUGAGCUCCGCAUCUGGAGCAGGGACAGUGGCCCAGGACAGUUGUCCCUGUGGAGGCUCUGUCUCGUUCAGCCUGAUCCUGUCUCUGAGGCAAGGGGACCACGUAGCUCUGGUCCGGACCGCAGGGCAGCUGGCCACCACAGAGUCCAGAGACAUCCUAUCAACAUUCAGCGCCAUCUUCCUCUAUGCCCCGCAGCCAAUCACCAGAUAGUUACCACUGGGCCAACCAAUCACACAGCAAGGACUUGGUCAUGUACAUUCCACAACCAAUCAGAAAGCAGGAAUACAUUUAAACAGACACCAGAAAUCCAAUCACCUGCAACCCUGCAGUUGUUCAGAAUAAUGAUUUGUAUCAUAGAUAUUCACCAUGUAUAAAGUAAUUCUGCAACCCUGCAGUUGUUCAGAAUAAUGAUUUGUAUCAUAGAUAUAGAUAUUCACCAUGUAAAAAGUCAUUCUAUGCUCGCCUUUUUACUGAACAAUUAUGCCAAAGAUAUAAAAAAAUAUAUUAAGUGUUAAUUCAUGUAUUUGACAAUAGAUCUGCUUUUUUUCUAACUUUUGUUUUAAAACAUUUUCCUAAAUUAACAUUUAUACAAUUAUAUAUGUACUUUUUUUUCUUUAAAUAAAUGUCAGAGGGAAGAGACCACCAUAUAGUUUAUUCAGUAUUCCAUACCACAUCCUGUUUAGAUUAAUCUGUUUUACAGGUUAUUCCAUACCAAAACACUGUUACAAUUAGUAAAACAGUAGGGUUGAUUCACGUAUGUUGUCAAUAAACCCAUUUGAAGAUUU